AUGCCUUCUCAACACCAGCGCCCACUUCCUCUCCUUGUCAGGGACUCUUCUGCCGCCCAUGACUUGAAUCCGCCUGUUGAUUCACCAGUCGGACCUUCACCUAGAAGCAUCGGGAAUCCUCUCUCAUCCAAGAUUAACGCUGUCCUCGCGACGUCUUUCACCGAUGCCGAGUUUCGGGAUGUCCUGUCUACAGUCGAUCGAUGUGAUUUGGUAAAUACUCCAGUCACACGUCGUCAACUGCGACUCCAGCUCCAACGGGAAGUCAUAGAGAGCAAUGGGGAGAUUAUCCGAGAAUUCGGGCGAGUGGCCGAGCAACUCCGCCAAUUUGGAUCCACUCUGGAGCAACUCAGCCACGUGUACCGCGAGAUGAAGGUUGAAAUUGUCGCGACUCACCAGCAAAUUUCCCCAGUCUUGCAGGAGUCAUCGGCACUUAUCACCGAGAGGCAAGACGUAGAGGCUAAGGCCGACGUCCUCAACCGUUUCCGGGCCCAUUUUGUGCUAUCCAAGGAGGAGAUAAAUGCUUUGACUCUUUCCUCCGAACCGAUUGACGAGGAGUUCUUCUCGGCUCUUUCCAAAUCAAAAGCUAUCCAGCGGGACUGCGAGCUUCUCCUGGGGUUUGAAGACCAGACCCUAGGUCUAGAGUUAAUGGAGCAAUCUUCAAAAUAUCUGAAUCAGGCAUUCCAGAAGCUUUACAAAUGGAUCCAGCGAGAAUUCAAGGACGCCGGCUCAGAGACGCCUCAGAUGAACCCGUCGAUUAGGCGCGCUCUUCGCCUUCUUUCCGAACGACCGUCCCUAUUUCAGAACUGCCUUGGGUUUUUCUCAGAGGCCCGUGAGAGAACCCUUUCGGAUGCAUUUCACUCUGCUCUUACCGGAGACUCUUCGGUGAAGGGGGCUCGAGACUCGGUGAAACCCAUCGAAAUGGUAGCCCAUGACCCGCUUCGAUACGUAGGUGACAUGUUGGCCUGGACGCAUUCGGCUACCGUUGGUGAAAAGGAAUCCCUCGAGGCAUUGUUCAUUUCCGAGGGUGAUGAGAUUGCAAAAGGUCUUAAAUCGGGCAGAGACCGUGAGCCCUGGGCAGUUCUACCAACGACCCAUGACGCGUCAGCUGCAUUCAAUGCUACUGAGAUAUUGAAGGAAUUGGUAGACCGGAAUCUGACCGGUGUAUCACGAAUGUUACGUCAACGAAUAGAGCAAGCGAUUCAGGCAAACGAAGAUAUCAUAUGCGCCUAUAAGCUAGCCAAUCUGAUAGACUUUUACCGCGUCUUAUUUUCCAAAUUACUCGGGAUGCAGUCUCACCUUCUCGAUUGUCUUAAGGGCCUGGAGUCUGCCGCCACCCGGCAGUUCCGCUCAUUGAUUCGAGAUCAUAUUGGGACUCUGCAGGGGGACCUUCAACGACUACCCCAAGACUUGGAGUUGCCCAUCUUUUUUCAAGAUGCCCUCGCCCAACUUACCGCCAUCAUGAAGACAUAUGAUACCUCGUUGGAUGAAUCCUUGGAUCGGGAAUCUAACUUUGAUCCUGUUCUUGUUGAGGCCCUGGACCCCUUCAUUACCGGUUGCGAAACACUUGCAAACAGAAUGACGCCUUUGUCCCAGGCCAUAUUUCUAAUCAACUGCAAGCUCGCAGCCGUCGAAGUACUGCGGCCAUUUGACUUUACGAGGGAUAAAGUCAACCGGCUUCAAAAUAGCGUCGCAAAGGACAUGACUGUCCUUGAAGAAAGCCAGUUCUCCUUUCUUUGCAAGGGCUCCGGCGUAGAAGAUAUCUUUCAAGCAGUGGGAACCCUACAUACCGCACCGGGGGACGGGCGAGUACUGUCCUCUCUCCCCGCCUUUCAACCCGACGCAUUAAGCCAAGCUAGCAGAACCUUGGAUGAUUUCCUACCCUCCGCCCACAUCGAUGCCAUCCAUAAUCUGAACAAACUGCAAGACUCGUCUCUCGCGAGUCGCUUAACAGAAACGGCUAUAAAGAGAUUUUGCGAGAGGUAUGAGCAAGUUGAGGAAUUGAUUAUCAUGGCAGAUACCUACGACGAGAAUGACAAGCCUCGGGAUGUUAAGCUUAGAGAUAUAUUCUCACGGACUGCCGCCGAGGUCCGCGUUCUUCUGUCUUAA